AGAAGUGUAGGUUUUUUCCCGUUCUUUGCUUUUCCUUUCCCCUUCUUUCAUCGCAGCUGCACCGUUCCAUCAACCUCCACCGCAACCUCGUUGAAGUCAACGUCUUCUCGUCUCCUUUCAAACCUGUACACGGGAUCUGGAAAGGAACCUCGACAAAGACAUACACACACACCCAUCACCACAAACCCCUCAACACGCAAGAGAAAGCACGCAAGAGGAAGAAGAAGAUAAAAACGAUGUGCGGUAUUUUCGGCUACGCGAACUGCAACGUGCCGCGCUCGGUGCGGCAGAUUGUGGAGAUGCUGCUGCGCGGCUUACAGAAGGUGGAGUACCGCGGUUACGACAGCGCUGGCCUCUGCAUCGACUCCACCGUCGGCCAGGAGGGCAGCCCCGCGGUGCCCACACCCUGUCCGUGCGUCGUGCGCAGCACCGGCAAUAUUCAGCAGCUGCGCGACAAGGUUUUCAGCGAGGCGGUCGAGGCAACUCUGCCGCCGAUGGAUGCGGUGACGAGCCACCACGUCGGCAUCGCUCAUACACGCUGGGCCACGCACGGUGAGGUGUGCGAGCGCAACUGCCAUCCGCAGCAGAGCAACCACGGGGAGUUCUCCAUUGUGCACAACGGCAUCGUCACCAACUACAUUACCCUGAAGGAGUUUUUGAAGGAGGAGGGCUACACGUACAACUCAGACACCGACACGGAGGUGAUUUGCGUGCUGGCGGAGUACCUCUACACAAAGCGUGGCAUCCACGACUUUGUCGAUCUUGUGAUGGAGAUGUCGAACUUGGUGGAGGGGGCGUACGCGAUGCUUAUCAAGAGCAUUUACUUCCCGAACGAGGUGAUGGCGUGCCGAAAGGGUUCGCCUUUGUUGGUCGGUGUGCGGCAGAUGGACGACCAAGGACGCGUGGUGAAGCUCCACACCUUCGACUCUCCCGACCCCACGAAGCCGUUGGAGGUCUUCUUUGCCUCGGACAGCAACUCCUUCGCGGAGUACACAAGCAACGUGGUGUACCUCGAGGACGACGACGUCGUGCACUGGCGUGAUGGCCGGCUGCGCUUUUACAGUUCGACGGAGCGCAAGCAAGCGGCCGUGAAGCGCGAGGUGCAGCACCUGGAGACGAAGCUGGAGAGCCUGUCCAAGGGCAACUACGCCCACUUUAUGCUGAAGGAGAUCUACGAGCAGACGGAGUCCGUCGUCAGCUCCAUGCGGGGCCGCAUCGACUUCAACUCCGGUAAGGUGAAGAUGGGCGGCUUUACGCCGAAGAACAUCCGCGCCAUCCUUACCAGCCGCCGCAUCCUCUUCAUCUCGUGUGGCACCUCGCUGAACAGCUGCACGGCGGUGCGGCCCCUCUUCGAGGAACUCGUCCCGCUGCCGAUUGCAGUGGAGAACGCGUCGGACUUCCUCGACCGCGAGCCGCAGGUGCUACGCGAGGAUGCGUGCUUCUUCAUUUCGCAGUCUGGCGAGACGGCGGACAGCCUCAUGGCGAUGAAGCUGUGCCGUGAUGCGGGUGCGCUCUGCAUCGGCAUCACGAACGUCGUCGGCUCCAGCAUCAGCCGCCUGACCGACUUCGGUGCUCACCUGAACGCCGGUGUGGAGGUGGGCGUCGCGUCCACGAAGGCGUACACCUCGCAGGUGGUGGUGAUGACGCUGGUGGCCCUGCUCCUGUGCGAGGACUCCGUGCGUGCGCAGGAGCGGCGGAAGGAGGUGGUGCGGGGCCUGUCGGAGAUCUCCAGCAAGAUCGCCGCGGCCCUCAAGACCACGCACGACCCCGUCAAGGACCUCGCGGGACGGCUGAAGGAGAGCCACUCCCUCAUCGUCCUCGGCCGCGGCUACGACUGGGCCACCGCGCAGGAGGCGGCGCUGAAGGUGAAGGAGCUCAGCUACGUGCACACGGAGGGGAUUAACUGUGGGGAGCUGAAGCACGGCCCCCUCGCGCUGAUCGACGAGACGAUGCCGGUGCUGGCCUGCUGCACCAGGGAUCGCUUCUUCGAUCGCAGCAAGGCGGCGGUGCAGCAGGUGACGGCGCGGAAAGGCUCCGUCGUGGUCUUCACGACGGAGGCGGAUGCGGAGCUGAAGGCGGUCGCGCACGAGAUCAUCAUCGUGCCCAAGACGGUGGACUGCCUGCAGUGCGUAGUGAAUGUAAUACCGUUUCAGCUGCUGGCCUACUACAUGGCGCUGUUUCGCGGCAACAACGUCGACUGCCCCCGCAACCUCGCCAAGAGUGUGACGGUGCAGUAA